AUUGAUCUACCUAUCCAAUGGUACGAGUACCCAUGCGAGUACCAUCCCUCUGGUGCCAUCCGCGUCUGUCCAUGUGUUCCAUUAGACGAUUAGCGCGGGUAGCCCUAGCGCGGGGUACAUUUCGAGCGUGCUUUCUGCGCUCUAUGCACGCUGCCAUCGUAUGGCUUAAAAUUUAGCGAAAUUUAGCGUAGCUUUUAUUUAGUCUAAGACGGGAAACAUACUCGGAGCGCGGUGACUCCUAAAUUUUUUUAUCCUUACAACCACGAAUGUACCGGCGUGAAUGGGUCGAACUGAAAUUCGGACGUUCUGUUCGAAGCGGCCUGGUGCUACGGGCUUGUAAGAGUGAUAUUUAUCGGGUUGAGAGCUGCUUGCAGCAAGCUUAACCGAGGUUUCCCGCUGCAUCUGAUUGAAGAAGAAAGACAACCAUGUCGGUGUGCUGGUUUUACGUGCAGGGAAGAUGUCGAUUCGGUGACAAGUGCCGGUAUCUGCAUCCGCGUGAAGGCUACCCUCAUUCGGACAGAUGCAAUCUACAGCAGGACAACUACCGCUCGUCGCAUCAGUCCCGCUUGCCUCAGCAGCCUCUAGUUCGUGCAAGCAGCUUCGAUUUCAAUGCAGCCCUAGAGCAGACUCGUAAGCAGGAGGAGCGCCAGAAACCCCGUGGGUACCGCGACCCCAGCUAUGGGGGAUCCUAUGGCAGUGCGGAAGACCGGCAUGUCGACCAACGAGACUGGUACCAAGGUAACCAGAACAGGUACCAAGGUAACCAGAACAGGUACCAAAGUAACCAAGACUCGUACCAAGAUAGGUACCAGGGGAACCAAGACAGGUACCAUGGAAGUCGGGACAGGUACCAGGGAAGCCAGGAAAGGUACCAGGGAAGCCAGGAAAGGUACCAGGGAAGCCAGGAAAGGUACCAAGGAAGCCAGGAAAGCUACCAGGGAAACCGCAACAGGUACCAAGGAGACCAGGACCAGCAUUUGGGGAGUCAAAGCAAACACCGCUGGGUGAAGGAUGGCCAUCAGAGCGAGCGAAGCGACAACAGAAGCAAUGGGAAGGCUGCUGUAACCUUCGACUUCAACAAGGCUCUCGAUGAGGCCACAAAGCUGGAUGAGGACAGAGAUGCCAGUGAGUCCCUUGGCGACGCGUCGCUCGGGGUGGUACGGGACAUGAAAACGUGGAAGGCCAGUGGGCAGUGGCCAUUUUCUUCGUACGGACCCUACGCCAACUCCUUGUCUUACCCGGGCUUUGCGGACGCUUCCAUGGAGGAGGUGCGCUGGGAGUGCUACCAGGCAAAGGAGGCGGGCACCAUGAGUGCUUAUAUCCAACAGCUCAAUCAAAUUGGCCAGAAUGUCCAGCAAAAUAUUGAUCACCUGCUUGCAAUGACACCUACUGCAAAAGAAAUUUUGGCUAAUCUGCCUCUCGGACAAAACGCCAAGGCACCUUUUGCUCCUGCUAGCUCUGGACGCUUGGCGGCAUCUUCAUCAGGCAGCACAGCAACAGCCAACAGCAUUCUGCCGCAAGUGCCCAUUAUGCCUGCUGCUCGGCCCCAAGCAGGCAGCGAGCGUGCAGCGUCCAUCUACUCCCUGGUGCAAGAUCUCACGGAGGAAGAGAGGCAGCAGUUCCUCGCUGAAAACUUCAGCCCCGGAAAGAUGCCGCAGAGGCCACCGCCGAGAGAAUACUGUGCACUUCCAUGAGGCCUCUUUUCUUUGUGCAAGGCUGCACACUGGACCCUUGUUGAGUUGCUUGGCUGCACGUCUGCCCAAACGUUACGAUUCCUGCGGCUCGACAACUCGAGUCGCACAUUUCAAACGAGUACUUUCGUGGGCAAACAGGAAAUUGUUUCGCCACAAGUUGUGCCUACACUGUUGUCACUUUCUUAUUGUACAGCCAUUAAAGGAGGAAUGGGAGCUC